AUGAAAGACCUUGACCCUCUUCACUAUUUCCUUGGCAUCCAAAUCAGUCCCACCGCUGAAGGCCUUACCCUCUCUCAAACCAAAUAUACUCUUGAUAUUCUCGAACGCGAUAAGAUGCAUGACUGUAAACCUAUGGGCACUCUCAUGAUGCCACGGACCAAAGGUCUUACCUCUCAGAUACCCUUCUCUGACCCUGCUCACUACCGUAGUAUUGUUGGUGCUCUACAAUAUCUUAUCCUUACUCAUCUUGACCUCUCUUAUAGUGUUAAUUUUGUCUCUCAAUUCAUGCAUUCACCUACUGAAGCAAAUUAUAAAAUGGUCAAGUGUAUUCUUCGGUAUUUAAAAGGCACUGUAGACCUUGGUCUUCAUUUUAGUUCCCAUUCUACUCUUGAUCUCUAUGCAUUUUCUGAUGCAGAUUGGGCAGGUUGUCCUACUACUAGACGCUCCACCACUGGCUACUGUGUCUUUUUUGGAAGCAACUGUAUCUCCUGGUCUGCAAAAAAACAACACACAGUCUCUCGAUCAAGCUCUGAAGCUGAGUACCGUGCAAUGGCCCAUACAACUGCCGAACUCACUUGGAUAUCGUUCCUAUUACGUGAUCUUGGCAUUCACCUCACCUCCAUGCCGUUGUUACUCUGUGAUAAUAUUAGUGCUCUCUACAUGACUGUUAAUCCUGUCUUUCACGCUUGA